AUACCAACAAAAGAAGUUUCGACCAUCGUCAAUGUCGUUUCUCGUCGCCACUGUUCGUCGCCGAAAACAGAAUUCCAUAUUACGAGCUACGGAGACGUCAUGUUUGCGAUUCGAAUCAACACGACAAAACAUCGACGAAUGCAUCGAUAUUUCGGCAAAAAAGAAGGCGUAUAUCGACAGAGGCCAUCUCGAAAUCUCCAUGUAUAGUCUCUUGUACGUUAGAGAUAUCCUGAAUCUUUUUGAUUCAUAUGACCUCGUAACAACUACCUACGGAAAACGAUCAACGAAAUCAUCCAUGAUUGAUUAUUUAUUCUACGAGGAUGAGACGAAUGUUAAAAAUAUUAACUCGCGAAACGAGUAAGCGAUCGAUGCAAUUUAUCGAUUAUCGAUAAUUUGUGGAAUAUAUUUUAUUUUGCGUUCUUUAAUAUUAUCGAUGUAAUAAU